CUGCAUUCUCAACAACUAUUUUUUUUUUUUUUUUAAAUCUACGGACUGACAACAAGUAUUUCCAAUCAGCAUGCACGCAGUCUGCCUGUGAAAUGUGCGGCCCAAUCAACGCUGCAUGUGGGCGUGUGUUAGACAGUGAAGUGUUUUUUUUGAGUUUAGUAGAUGACUGCAGUAAGAAAUUGACAGGGUCUGAAUGCAUUUAACCGGUGUAAUGUAGGCCGUGUAAGGUGAACGCGCUAUAUCGAGAAAACCCAGAGAAAUGCUGGCUAACCGAUGAGAGUAAAAAAAAUAUGAAAUCUGACACGGACUGCGUCUCCCCAACUCACCCAGACAAUGGGACACUUUCUGUGCAGCAAUAACAAGCUACACUGGGGACUUAACCGUCACGAAAAUAAGACCAUCUGCAAUACAGCAGCAAGCGGCUACAGCGGGAUUCAUGUAACUAUGUGUGACUGGACAGCAAGGAUGGUCUAUUUGGGGUUUAAAUUAAACAUUUAAUACAAAAACACAAAAAGAAGGAAAAAAGAAAAUAAUAAUAAUAAUAAUAAUAAUAAUAAUAAUAAUAAUAAUAAUAAUAAUAAUAAUCGAGAAUUCUGUAAAGAUACCCAGCGUGCAGAGUCUGGAAGCCAGUAUCUUAACCAAGGUGCCUGGUAUUCGAUCUCUGUCCAUGGUCCUGAAACGAGCGCUUUGCACAACAAGGUUGCAAAUCAAGGUCCAGGGUGCCGAGGACUUCGCUACACACGUUCUUUUUGGUUCUCAUCUUUAAAUUAUCCCAAUCUGCUGCGAUCUGAAAUAAGAAACAGGAGAUUUGCUCACCCUGGAAGAGCGAUAUCCACACAGGAGUUCCUCUAGUCAGUGCGCACAGCAACCCUUUUGGUUCUUCCAAGAACUGGCAAAAAUGUACCGGCUAAACGCACUUGGGAUCUACCUGUGGGAGACAAUAUUAUUUUUCAGUUUGGCAGCAUCAAAGGAAGCAGCAGCUCGUAAACCCACCACCCCCAUGUCCCCCUCUGAGUUUUUGGACAACCUCAUGGGCAAAGUGUCAGGCUAUGAUGCAAGAAUCAGACCCAAUUUCAAAGGACCUCCAGUAAAUGUCACAUGCAACAUCUUUAUCAACAGUUUUGGCUCCAUAGCUGAAACCACUAUGGAUUACAGAGUCAAUAUUUUCCUGAGACAGGAGUGGAAUGACCCGCGGUUAGCCUACAGCGAAUACCCAGAUGGCUCUCUGGAUCUGGACCCUUCUAUGUUGGACUCCAUUUGGAAACCAGAUUUGUUUUUUGCCAAUGAGAAGGGAGCCAAUUUCCAUGAGGUGACCACUGACAACAAGCUGCUUCGGAUUUUUAAAAAUGGAAACGUGCUAUACAGCAUCAGGAUAACCCUAAUCCUUGCUUGUCCCAUGGACCUGAAGAAUUUCCCCAUGGAUGUGCAGACCUGCAUCAUGCAGCUGGAGAGCUUCGGAUACACCAUGAACGACGUCAUCUUCGAGUGGGAUGAGAAGGGAGCCGUGCAGAUUGCUGAUGGGCUAACGUUACCUCAGUUUCUCCUGAAAGAAGAGAAAGACUUGCGGUACUGCACCAAGCACUACAACACAGGGAAGUUUACCUGUAUUGAGGCCCGUUUCCACCUGGAAAGGCAGAUGGGUUACUACCUGAUCCAGAUGUACAUCCCCAGCUUGCUGAUCGUCAUCCUGUCCUGGGUCUCCUUCUGGAUCAACAUGGACGCAGCGCCGGCCCGGGUGGGUCUGGGCAUCACCACAGUGCUCACUAUGACCACACAGAGCUCAGGCGCCAGGACCUCCCUGCCAAAGGUGUCCUAUGUGAAGGCCAUCGAUAUCUGGAUGGCCGUGUGUCUGCUGUUCGUGUUCUCAGCCCUGUUGGAGUACGCUGCGGUGAACUUCCUCGCACGACAGCACAAGGAGCUGCUGCGUUUCCGCAGGAACAGGCGACACCACAAGGAGGAUGAAGCUGGGGAGGGUCGCUUCAGUUUCACAGCCUAUGGGAUGGGCCCCGCCUGUCUGCAGGCCAAGGAUGGGAUCUCCAUGAAGGGCAACAACAACAACGCCCCCCCCUCUAGCGCCCCUCCUGAGAAAACCGUGGAAGAGAUGCGUAAACUCUUCAUCGGGCGAGCCAAGAAGAUCGACACAGUGUCCCGUGUGGGCUUCCCACUCGCCUUCCUCAUUUUUAACACUUUCUACUGGAUCUUCUACAAGAUCAUCCGCAGCGAGGACCCCCACAAACAGUAAGGCUGGCAAGCGAGCAGAGGUAUGACCAGGGGGGAAAAAGAGAAUUACUGGGGGUUGGUGUCGGAUGUUGUUUUUUUUUCUGGACCUGUGCAAUAGCAAUGCAGUAAAAUGCAUGAAAUAUGAAUGUGGCAAUAUAUUUACAAAAAGAAAAAUAAUAAUAAUAAUAAAACUUUUUGAAGACAAACUGGGAAUCUCCUUGUGACAGUAAAACUAAAGAAGGAUGGACGAGCCUCUUCCAAGAACGUCGCAACUGCAAGACCAGCCUGCGGACAAAGAAAUCUAAACAGGGCAGGAACGAAAGCACUGUAAUAUAUUCCAUGUGUAUUUAAAAUGCAACAGACUUCUGUUCACGGUUAGGCUAUUGGAUUUAGGGCAUGCAAUGAAAGAUAUGCUAACAAUGGUGAUUCGGUGCUUUCAACAUUAGUGAGUUAUUUAAAUGUAUAGGGUCAACAAAUGAUACGAGUGUUUGCCCCGCGUAUCAUUAUUUUUAUUUUUAAUUGAAUGGAUCUGCUCUUCUCAAGCCCUUCCCCCCAGACCUGCAUUGAUGAAAUGAGAAUUAUUACAAAUGCAAAUGGUAGGGACGGGGGGCUUUGACAAGAGUGGAUCUGGGCUUUAUUUGUGUGUUUAUUUGUGUGUUUGUUUGUUGCCAAGCCAGCAUUUGUAUGUUCAUUUUAAUGCAUGGGUGUAAAACACAUUUUAUAUUAUUUCCAUUUCUGUGACCAUUAGGCUUGUUGUUGUUGAUAUAUGUAGUUGAUAUGUAUGUUGUUAAUAUAUCAGUCAUUCCAUGUUAUAUAUAUAUCUAGAGGCUUUGUAUGGAUUUUUAACAAUGCAAUGCCACUCGGUGUAUAGGAUGGGUCAGCUUCAUUUCCUUUUCAUCUUCAUUUCAUUUGCAAAAGGCAUCUCUGAUACCACAGACACUAGACUUGUUCAGUGUGAGAACGAGCGAGGAAUCACAAACAGCCAGGAUUGCAGAGAGGAGCAAUAUGCAUGGUGCCGUGAAUCCAAUCACCCUAGCCUAAACUCAGUUAAGUGCUGCUUACAGACACAGGGUGGAGGAAUGCUUAUUUAUUCAAUCCCAUCGGCUUGUUUUGAUGUGCGCAAGUGAAGGCCAUACCAGUUUAAAAAUAUUACUAAUCAUCAUCAUCAUAAUAAUAACAAGACUGUUGUACAUUUAACAUGAAUAAUAUAUUAUAUUUUAUAUAAUGCAAAUCAAGGGACUUCAGAUUCCAUUUUGUACAGCAUGUUUAACUGAGCAUUUACUGGUGUGUUAGUUCAGUGGUUUAUUCCCAUCCCCCUAGUUCAUGUUUUCUGCAUUAUCAUCAGCAUUCAAAGUGAACUUGCUAGCCUUUGCCUUUACCUUCUGUACUAAUUGUGUUUCUCAUACUAGCCUGUAUUCAAUCUGUAUGGCAUGGCCAGAGCUAGACCUAGUGUUGAUUAUGGCGUGGCUCUCAUUUCAAUCCGGGACCCUGGGGAUUGUGUAGUUGAACUUUGGAUUUCACUGGGUGUGAAAAUGAUAAAGCUGUCGAAAGGUAGAGAAACUUUGUUUUUUUUAAAGGCUAUCAAGUAAGCCUUACCUGUAGAAAGGAGCGACAGGUGGUAGUUGCUGUAGGCUCUCUGCCAAUGUGUCUGCCUUGUAAACUCGGCUGACUAGUUUAUUCCAGCACAGAAUCACUCUUGUUCAUGCCAUCACAGUGAACAGAGACGUGCCCAAACACCUGCAUCACAAUCACAGCACAUGGAACACCCAGAACCUCACUACAUCUUACACAAUAUUACCCCUGAUUCUCUGCACUUUAUUUUCAGUGAGUUUCUGUUUGUUGCGGGUCUAACCUGAGACAAGAACAGUACGUUGUGUCCCAGAUUUAUAGCACUUAAAUGGCUUGCAAUCGAAUUCCUCUUGCCAAAUUCAUUUUCUCUCCAGUUCUUUAUGAAACCAAAGAAUUCCUUAGAGAAAUAAUAAUGAAAAAACAUCUCGGUUUUGUAAAGAAUAUUUAAGAGAACUGGGGGUUGUUAUUUACUUCUCAAAGGGUUGCUUGUCCCUUUUUUGGAAAGCUAAAAAAACAAAUUUUCAUUAUAUAUCUUUAAGAAUAUAUUGAAUGAUAUUCUUAAUAUAUGUUCACGAACAUACUGUAUCUUCCAGUAUUUCAGCGUAUAUCUGGCAAUACAAAAAAGUUAUUUGUUUGUUUUGUGGUAUAGAGAAAAAUACACAUAUAUAUAUAUAUAU